UCACCCAGCUUGAGAAACAAGUCGUCAGCCAAGUUGAAGAAACUCAAGUCCAAACCCCAUUUGAAGCGCCUCACCUCGGGCCAGGGGGGCCACAUGAAGCUCGUGUUUUCGGUGGAUGAUGACAUUGACGACGACCUCGAUGAGGAGACUGUCAAAGACUCGGACGUCAAGUCCAAGAGCAAGAACGCAAGUGACCUCAAUUACUUGGAGGGCUACACCGACGCCAUCAAAGCAUUGCAACAGAAGAAAAAGUCGUUCCACAGCUACUUCCCGGACUUCAACAAGCUUGACGAAAAUGAAAGUGUGGGCGGGCCCAAGGCCCAGGUGAAGUCGCCCAAUGUCACGGACUUAGACGACAGAGCGUUCGACUUUGACACCAGAAAACUCAACGAUAAUAUCUUGGAGGUGAGCGAAGACGUCACCGAAUCGGAGGUGGGAGAGGAUGCAGAAGCGGAAACAGAGAAUCACAACUCAGAUACCGAGUCUGUCGACUCUUCAUCCUCCUCGCAAACUUUGGAAUCGUUGAACUUGCGAGAAAGACAGAAUGCCAUCAACUCCACCCAUCCAUUCGGUAUCAAGAUCUGGAAACCAAGUUUGUACAAAAAGAAGCGUUCGGUUGCAGACAGAGCAGACGAGGAUAUCCAUGCAUUCGAUCCCCACAAGCCCAAUGCUACUAUUACGUGGGGUGUCAUUCUCACAAACUAUCUCUGGACCUUGACUUUUGGCUUGCUCAUAUUUCUUAUUUGUACCAUUGGUGCUGCGAUUGUGUUUGUUUUCUCUGGAUUCGCCAUCCACAGAUCUCUGAGACCUUACGUUAGGCUUUUGCUAAAGUUGGGUAAGUACGGUCUUUGGCCAUUUGGUAAAUUUGUCUUGUUGAACAGAGACGAAAACUACUUGGAUGAAGACGAAUUGGAUGGAAGAUCCAUUACAGAAUUUCAUAAAUGGAGAGUGCAAGAAGAAGGCAGAUUGUUUUUUGCUCCCCCCAGAAGAUACACUACCAGCAAUGAAACAAGACCUUUAAUUAAAGACCAUACCGGUAGACCGCUCAGAGAUGCAUAUUCAUCAUUGGGUGAAGUCGACUCAAAUGCAGAUGAUGUUAUUGAUGGAGAUGACAUUCACGAAGAAUCUAAUGAUAUUAAAGUUAGAUUCUUCGGGAGAGGCAGCUGGUCUUCCGGUCGGUUCAUGUUCUACAUUUUCUUUUAUUCGGUAUUACAAAAUAUCUUGUAUUUGAUUGGUUUCUUCUGUUGGUUGUUCGUUUUCACCAUCCCAAUGGCAAACAUCACCAACACUAUUUGUGACCACUUGAGACGUCAUCCCUUGGCUUUGGACUUUGAAUUGGAAAAGAGUUACUACAAACGUGACAAAACUAAGAAAAGGAAAAACCAGCUGCUUAUUUUGUGCACUUAUAGGUCCUGUGGUUUCCAUUACUACAAAUAUACCAUUGAUGGUACCAAUAUUUUCUUUAUCAACUUGUUGGCGGCAGUUGCAUUUGUUAUUUUGGACUACUACUUACUUAAAGAAAAACUAGGAUGGAAAACUUGGUUUACAGACCCCACCUUUUUGUUCUGUUCUUGUUUGUUCUCUAUCAUUCCAUUGGCUUACUUCAUCGGUCAGGCAGUUGCUUCUAUCUCUGCUCAAUCGUCUAUGGGUGUUGGUGCAGUUAUUAACGCCUUUUUCUCCACUAUUGUUGAAAUUUUCUUAUACUGUGUUGCAUUGAAUCAAUCCAAGGGCAAAUUAGUGGAGGGUUCAAUGAUUGGUUCAGUUCUUGGUGGUGUUCUCCUUUUACCUGGAUUAUCCAUGUGUGGAGGUGCAUUAAAGAGAAAAACCCAACGUUAUAACCCCAGAUCUGCUGGAGUCUCAUCGACUAUGUUAUUGUUUGCAAUGGUCACGAUGUUUGCUCCUUCUCUAUUCUACCAAAUUUAUGGUGCCUACGAACUCAAGUGCAAAAAGUGCGAUGAAGACCCAUUCUUGGAAGCCAUCAAAGACAACUGUGUGAAGUGCCGUUUCAUACAACCCUCAUUAUCCUUGGAUGCAUUGUACUUCAAUGUCAUUCAACCAUUCUCGUUGAUUGUUGCGUUAGCUUUGUUUGCGGCUUAUGUUUGUGGAUUAUACUUCACAUUAAGGACACAUGCCUCAUUAAUUUGGGCUACGAACUCACAUGAAGCUCAAGCUAAAAAGGAAGAUCUGUAUUUGCGGUCGCCAAGCAUUGCUAGCAUCGAUACGCCAAAAGGAAACAACAAACAUCAACAGCUUGCAGAACAGUUGAGAGGGAUACAACAAGAUAAAUUAAGACCAUCUGCUAGCAGAAAAUUGAGUCUUCUUAACAACGAUCCUGAUUAUGAAGGGGAAGAAGAUGGUGGAGGACAUGAUGCUCCCAAUUGGUCCCGUAACAAGUCUACCGUGAUUUUGUUGGGAGCUACAUUAAUUUAUGCUAUAAUAGCAGAAAUAUUGGUUGAUAAUGUCGAUGACGUUUUAGCUGACUUUCCUAUUGACCCUAAGUUCUUGGGUUUGACGGUAUUUGCAUUAGUCCCAAACACCACCGAAUUCUUGAACGCUAUUUCGUUCGCUAUUGGUGGAAAUGUGGCCUUAUCGAUGGAAAUCGGAAGUGCCUAUGCCUUGCAAGUUGUCUUAAUUCAAAUCCCAAGUUUGGUACUCUUCACAAUUUAUAAAGCUCCACUCCAGAUUGAGCAAAUGUUUUCUUUGGUUUUCCCUAGAUGGGAUAUCAUUGCAACCCUAAUUUCAAUUUAUUUGUUUACCUACAUUUAUGCCGAGGGAAAGUCCAAUUACUUCAAAGGUGUGAUCUUGAUCUUAAUUUAUGCUGUUGUUUUGGUUGGAUUUUGGUUCAACGAUAAGAUUGAAGCACUUGACGAUGAAUACACCGGAAAUCCUCAAGCUUAUGCAAGAGCACUCUCAUUUUUUUGAGCAGUCUCCUUUUCCUUUUCCUCGAUUUUUGCAUAUGCCUUACCACUUGUUGUCCAUUAUGGACGAAUAAUCCAAGCUGGACCUAAUUUUAUGUUAUUAAUAACUGCAAAUUGUAAAAUCUAAUCAGCACUCACCAUGUUUGAUAAGUCGAUUUGUUCCCAUAAAGGUGACGCCAUUGUCACAUUAAUAUAAUAGAUACCAUGCG